UUUUGACAGAUCGCGGCAGUCACGUGACCUCCUGAUCACAUGUCCUACCGGAAAAACAGAGCAUAAAAUGUGCACCAGUCAGUGAGUGACAGAGUUGGUUUUUAGUUCAGGUGGCUUGUUUGGUCACUCGGCUCCCGUUGUGUUUAAUUUGAUCUGUUCGGAGAGAAGAAGAAGAAACUUGGAGGAGCUGAAUCAAACAUGGAAUCCGGAAGUUGUACUUCUGCUCCGUUCUUACUGCUCAGUGCGCUGCUCUCUGGAUGUCUUUGUGCUUACAGCCCUGCGCAGCUUGAUCCUCUGGUGUUUGAGGAGCAGCUGCUGUGGGUGAGCGGCGCCCAGGGUCAAGUGAACACCUACAGAAUCCCGCUCAUCACUUUUACUCCCCAAGGAAGCCUGCUGGCCAUCGCCGAGGGCAGGAAGUCGUCGUCCAGUGACGUAGGAGCAAAGUUUAUCGCAGUGAGGCGAUCCACUGACAAAGGAAACACCUGGUCUCCGACCGCCUUCAUAGUAGACGACGGCAGCUUUCCGGAUGGCUUGAACCUGGGCUCCGUGGUUGUGGACGAAGAGGCCGGUUCGGUGAUUCUGAUCUACAGCAUCUGCUUCCACCUGUACCACUGCAAGCCAGCUAGCACCAUGAUGGUGGAGAGUUGGGACGAUGGCCUGAGCUGGAGCCGACCCAAAAACCUCUCGGAACAGCUGGGAGUGAAGGCCUUCGCUCCUGGGCCAGGAUUCGGCAUCCAGAAGCGCCUUGAUCCUGCAAAGGGGCGGUUGGUUGUGUGUGGCCAUGGGACGAUUGAGGGGGAUGGAGUGUUUUGCAUCCUGAGCGACGAUCAUGGAGAAACGUGGCGCAACGGAGCAGCCCUCAAGAGCAUCCCUUACAACCAACCGAAGAAAGCUCAGGACUUCAAUCCUGAUGAGUGCCAGCCGGUUGAGUUGAUGGACGGCAGCAUCAUGAUCAACGUCCGGAACCAGAACAACUACCACUGCCGCUGCCGCAUGGUGGUGCGCAGUUUGGACGGAGGCCUGACUCUCCCCACAGAGGAGCUGUUCUUCGACACCGCGUUGAUUGAUCCCGCAGUCGCGGCUGGAGCUCUGCAGAAAGACGGAGUGCUCUACUUCACCAACCCGUCCAGCGACCAAAAGAGAAUAAACAUGACGCUACGAUGGUCUCUAACGAACGGAAAAACCUGGGAGAACAAAGCCGUACAGAUCUGGCCGGGGCCGAGCGGCUACUCUUGCCUUACAUCUCUGAACGGUGACUCUGUAGAAGAUCAGAAAUACAUCUUCGUCGUUUAUGAGAAGGGCCACAAGGAAAUCGUUGAGACCAUUUCAUUUGUGAAGAUUCAUCUGUACGGCGGCCGGUAGGACGCGCAGGAUGGAGAUCUAAACCUUAAAGGGAAAAAGGAUGCAAGAUAGUACAACAGCUUUCUCAGGAAGAGAAUAAGAGCCUUUUUAAACACACUUAAAAAAUGCAUGUUGGGAAAAGGAGGCCCUGCACUGUGAAUUUCCGGCUUCUGGAUCUGUUUUGCUACUUUUAUUAUUUUUAUAACAAAAUCUUGUUUUGCCAAAUAAUUGAUGAGUCUUAAUUUGUAUUUCAAUGGACAAGGCCUUUCUAAACAGGAUAUUCUUGGGGAAUACAAAUGAAAGAAUGAUUCAGCACUGCAAAAACACAAAGUCUUACCAAGUAUUUUUGGUCUAGUUUAUAAUGCAAAUAUUUUAGUACAUUUGAAAUUAGACAAAACUAACUUACAAGUAACUUUUCAGCAAGAAAUACGAGUUUAAGUGAAAAAUGUCUUAAUAUUGAUUAAAAAUGCACCAGCAGAUUAUUUCAUUGAUAACAUGCAAAAAAUGUCUUGCUAUAAUUUAAAUAAUUUGCCAAUGGAACCAGAACUGUUUUUUAAAAAAAAAGACUUUGUGUUUUUGAAGGGAUUUAAGCUAUUUUUACCACGACAAUUAUAUGGUUUACUUUUAAACUUUGUCUUUAGAGAUGCUUGGUGGACUAAGUUCUAAAAACAGAAGGAAAAAUGUAAUAUUUCCUUCUACUUCAUGGAAAGAUUUUGCAUGGGAGUUCCAGUCCGCCGAAGCCGGUCAGCUCCUUGGAGAAGACAUACGGCAUCGAGUCGCAGCUCAUGGAUAUUUUUGUGUUUACUCCAGAUGCUGAAACUACGAUUUCUGUCUUCACUAAAAACUAUUUCUGAUGUCAAGAACCAGGAGGUCUGACUCAAGAUGCUUCCUAGUAAGCGUAAAACUCAUAUCAGCAGUUAUUUAAGUCAGUGCUUCCCAACCCUGGGAUGUUGCUUCAGUCCAGCUAAUUUCAGUUGAUGACUGAUUAACAGGCGUUUGUUGAACUGCAAUCAGUUGAAUCAUGAACAUUCAAGCAGGGAGACCUCUAAACCAGUGUUUCCCAAUUCCAGUCCUCGGGACCCUGCUCUGCAUGUUUUAGAUGUGCCUCUAUACCAGAACAGCUGAUUCAAAUGAUUGCAUGGCAUCUUCUGCAGCCACCAAGUACUGCAGGAGCCUGUUAAUCCAGGUGUGUGGCAGAAAGGAAACAUCUAAAACAUGCAGGCAGGGGGGCCCCGAGGACUGGAAUUGGGAAACACUGAACUAAACCAUGUAGGGCAGUGUGCCUUGAGCACCAGGGUUGGGAAACACUGAUUUAAGUCACUUUAAAUAAUGUAACAUACUGGUACAGAAAAAACGGUGUAACGCACAUGUGUUCAACUCGAGGCCGGUGGGCCAAAUCCGGCCCAACGUAGCUUUUUAUGUGGCCCUCUUGGUUCUAGACUAAACAUUAAGUCUGCUUCAAUAUCAUGUUUUCAAUCAAAUCAAUGCAGUUUUUAUCUGUUUACUACAAAUUAUAUCAAUCAGUCCCUCCGGUUUCUUGUGAAUUAUUGUGGAAAUUCACACAAAAUCAACAAAUACCCACACUUUUUGUGUUAACACAUAAUUGGGAGUUUAUUGCAGAUUUUUCUCAUAAAUUGUCAAAAACUUUCUUACUUGUAGUAAACAGUUGCCUCAGCUUUAAUUGAUCUCAGCUAAUAAACAUAAUCUAUACAGCGAGGAAUAAAAAGUCGCAUUUACCAUCAUAUUUCCAAAUUAGCACAUUUAAGCAUAUAAACAUUCUGAUUUUUGCACAAAAAAAAAAGAAAAAUCAUUACAAAAUUCAGGAGGGACUGAAAAUAUAUUCAAUAUUAUUUAAUUUUAAGAAUUAACAGUUUAUUGAGUUUUAUCAAUUCAUUCUGGCUCAAACAAAAUGAGUUCGACUCCCCUGCUCUGAAGGUACUAUAUUUGGCAGUUUGGGAGGUUUGAUAAUAAGAAAGAGGUUCUGUCAGCAGAAUGAGCCAAUUUGUGGGAACUAAUGUAAAAUACUCAAAUUGGUUGAGAAAAAUCCAGAGUCUUCUGCAGAAAUCUGACAUUCAGAAACCUUUUUAUAGCAUGACUGGAUUCUCUUCUAUGUAAAUUCAGGUUUUUAUGCUGCAUACUUGCUGUAAACUAGAGGACUUUGUAUAUUUUCCAGUGAUUUUGACUGUUAUGGGUUUGAGUUUCACAUGUUAGGAAAAAGCACAGAGAAUAACUGUGAAAUUAGAUCCCACUCCACUUUUUAAUCUCUCCACAGUUUCCAGCCACUGCAGUGAAAUCCUGUUUUUAACAUGAAACAAAACUUUUAUUUUUUUAAAUAGGCCUUAUUGUUUUGGGGUUUCAUUAAAUGUAACAGUCAUCUGGUAUAGCUAACAUAUGAGGUAAUUACUUUGUUUAUGAUUCAUUUGAGGACAGAAAUUAUGUUUUUUCUUCCCUCCAUAAAUUCAUGCAUGAUUUUUUUUAAAUGUAAUUAUAUAAAGUAAUAUAAAUAGUAUUAUGGGAUGAUGCACUUGUAUAUUUUUGUAAUACCUCUUGUUGAGGUUGAGUGAUUUAAAACAGUCGCAAUGUUGUUGUUUUUUUAUAUAUUUGUGUGUGAAAGAGAAUAGUAAAUAUGACCUAAUUAUCAGAAAAUACUUUGAAUUCACUAAGAUUUUUCUAAAGUGGUCAAAUGACAAAAACAUCUAGUUUCUGUCUAAACACAAACUAAUUCCCAGCAGUGGUUUAUUUCUCUGGGUUUUUCAUUACAAGACACUUUAAAUCCGUCACUCUGUGCUGAUAGGAGACUGUUGCUUUUUGAACCUUGACCUUAUGACUUCAUAAAUACAAAUUCCCGACAUGUUAUUGUUUUGAGGGAAUGCUGUUCAAAUAAAUAAAAUCAGUUUUCUGAU